CACCGAUUGUAUUUUGUUGCUGGUUUAUAUACUUUUUGUUUAUAAUCGUGAUUUCCGUUCCACUUCAGAAUGAACACUUCCACGUCCGUUUCGCUCACUUGAACUUAUCAGCAACCAAGAAUUUCUGUAUAUAACUCCCAGCUUACUCACCUAAUUUCAAUCGAGGUCGCUGAUGGAUACAAUCGACUGACCGACAACCUUGACUUGUUGAAAGUCCAUGAGUACACCGCCGGAUUUAAUUUCAUUUGACAACCCGAUAGAAGCCAGUACCAACAAAACACUAGAGCUCCGAAAGUUGUUUGAUCCGUUAUUCACAGAUGUAUCGUCUACGCCGAUUGUGGCUGCAUCCCGAAAUCCAUCUCGCAAACCUCGAAUCCCCCCACCCGUACCUCCAAGGUGUCCAAUGAAACAUCCCGUUGGAUUUCGUAUUGAUAAUGUUGUGAAUUCAAAACCGGACAAUGUGGCUGCAGAGGACCUGGCCUCAUUACUGGACUUAUUUCUAGUUCCUUCAACGACAAAGCCAAAGAAUACUCCGUCGUCUCAGUCACCGAAACUGCAAUCUAAACCCGAUGCAAGUGAGAUUGGUGGAUAUCAGCCUCCUGGUUCGGACACACUUUUGGAACGACCAGUAAGACGCAGAAGACCAUUAAAACAGCAGGGAUCGACCUUUGUGUCCAACACGCAAGCGACUACUGAAUUGGAGUUUUUUGUCAGCGCUGUGGAAAACCUCAAACAUCAGAAACGAGAAGCUCGAAAACCGAGAACUAUAGUCUAUUCCUUCGUCUCCCCGUUUGAUGAUAUAAUCGGUCAAAGUUUGCCACCCGACGAUAGCAGCCCACUCUAUGGUGAUUCCGUCGUGUUCGAUGCCGUUUAUGGGCAAUUAACAUCUUCAGUUACACGUGCGAACUCCAUCGAAGGAGAAGAUCAUGUUCCACUACGUAAAACUAGUGUCGAUCAGGUGCGUGGCAUUUGUCCGAAAAAGAUCAAGAACGAUAAGACCGAAGCUGCCACACCGACUCACUGGAAAAACACCCCCCGAUGGACCAUCCCACAAAUUGAGGUACGGAUCAACAUGCACGUUGGGCUACAUGCGAAACUCUGUCUUCCGCAAGUUGAUGAUGCGAGCCCCACGGCAGGUCUCAAGUCUACCGGAAAACCACGUUCUUCUGCAGCCUGCCGUUCGUCUGUUUUACUUGGUUCCCCUCGAGUUCGAUUGGUCUGUGAUCCCAACAGCACCCUAGUGAGUGAACUCAUGUUGGAAGCGCUUUCCAAUGACGUUGUGCCGCCAAAUACGGAUCUGAAUGUCAACAAAUAUCAGCUGCGUCUUCAUGGACGUGCGGAGCUUCUUAAUCCGGAUGCCCGUCUCUGCGAUUGCAACCAAGUGCAGCUAUGUCAUCGCCUGGACCUACCAUUACGACUGAUUUUGGAGCCGAGGCUGCAUAACGACAGUUCUGUCUUGUCGACAGGAGAUGCAUCAACCGGUGAGAAUUUCAAACCUCAGUCCAUGCCCAUAACCAACUCUGGGACUAUUCCUAGCGAAGAGGAAAUUCUCAUCGCCUAUGGUGUAUUCCAGAAUGCUGUUGAGAAGGUUCGAACAGUUUUCUCUCCAGGGAGCAGUUUGACUGAAGAACGAUCUGCGACGCGUCCAAGUGAAAUUCAGCGCUCAAUUUCCAUGUUAACUCAGUCAGUGAAGGCUGUCUUGGUUGCCGCUUGUCAGUCUAUAGCCUUCGCAGAUGUUCUUAAUGCACUGGGAAACGUCCAAGUAAUGCUAGCCAAUGUCUUGAAUGAUGUUGAGGGAUCUACUUCGGCAGAAGCACUUGUAGGAUCCAUUCGCCGAGGGAAAAUAACCGACAAACCCUUUACCGAUUUAACCAAGGAAUCUGCAGCUUCGCGCAAUGCUAGUGGUCUGGCAAUUGGGAGCUGCGUUUCUGACGAGCAUCUGCAGAAGCUAGAACGUGAACUAAAUGCGCUCGAGUACUCCUUACUCGUCCAACUCAGCGCAUUUUUCGACUGGCGGCAGGUGGGACUGCGUGUUAACCCAGAUGUCCUCACCCACUUUCAUCAACACAGUCGACGUCAAGCAUCUCAGUCAAGUUUCUCUGGACGACCUCUUGGAGUGAUACUCGAUAAAAAUGCCAUAGAUGCGUCUCGUUUGACAGAAUCUUGUUCAGCAACUCGAGAGGUUCGCAGCUCCGAUACCUGUCUUGAUCCAUUUCUGGUUGGCCUGAUUGCUAUUCAUCGGCUCCCUCAGAAGCAGCUCCCUGUUGACUCCCCCGUGGAUGAAUCUGGUCGACAAAACAGUUCUCCGCAACGAAUCCCCUUAAACCCAGACUAUCGGUCGGAUACCAAUUUUCAUGUGCUGCUCACGCUGACGUACGCGGGGCGCAGACUAGGCCAAUGUUAUCCGCCCGAUUUAGAUUUGCAACCAAGUGUUCAUCGCACCGCUGGACAAGCCCUAUCGCGCGACAGUUUUCUAAGUGACCCUGGCCGAUCGCAGCGUAUUCAACCCGGGUUCCUUGGUGCCCUGCACUUUGAUCAAUGGUUUAAGUUCCCAGGUUUUUCUAUCAGCCAGUUGCCGCGAGAGGUUUUACUUGCAGUAUCACUCUUCUCGUGUAAACGACAAACGGGAGAAAAUCCGUUAGAUGGUACCUUGUUCGGCUGGGUCAACAUUCCACUCUUCGAUGCGAAUGGCUACCUGAGGCAAAACACCAUCGUAGCCGGUUUAUGGCCUCCGUGUGAACGUAUGCAAGAAUACCGUCCCAGUUGGUCCCAACCCAACCGCGCCAGUGACUGCCCGGUCGUUCAGAUUUGCCUUCCGGAAUACCAAUACGACAUUGAAUUUCCCCUCAUACAGCCGGAUAACACGGAAAUAUUCGAAAAAAAUGCUCGAACGAAAAGCGAUGGUUUGGUAUCCGAGGCGAACAAAGCCAUAUCCCACGCCCAGUGUUCGAUUUUUAUGCAUUCGAUCAACCCAGAUCUUUCCGGUCGUGCAGCCACACGCUGUCUGGCUUUGUACAGUGAAGCAGCUUCUGCAAGUCAUCGUGCGGGCCGGCUGUGCAAAAAUCACACACCCCUUCCUGGUCUUAGACUCGGUGCGCUGAAUCCAGUCUCCUCUGGUGAUCAGUACACGUCGGCCUCAGUAUCACCCACAUCAACCAUUGACCCGAUCGGUAGCACCUUGUCCUUCCCACCAGGUGUGGCUGUAGAAGUGCUCUGGAAUCUACGGUGGCAUUUACACGAGCAACCGAGCGCCCUAGUGGCUCUGCUGACGAGUGUGUUGGUUGUCUGGCCGCAAGAGACCCGUGGAGUAGAAUCCACUCGUCCGGUUGUUUGGUCCUGGUCUGCAUUGCUGCGCGCCGUGUACAGCCUACUUGUCGGAUUUCCACCCGCUUCUCCCGGUCUUGCACUCCGUCUUCUGGCUCCUGAUGUUGCCGACCAGGCUAUUCGUCACUGGGCUGUCCAGUCCCUGGCAGUUCUGCCUCCAGAUAUUCUCCUACAUUAUUUACCCCAACUAUUGGAAACUGUCAACUACGAUAUCUAUCUGGACUACUCGGGACUUGCGUCGCUUCUUCUCCAGCGGUCUAGUUCGUCAAUGCGGUUUGCCAACGCUCUGUUCUGGUCUCUGACUACGGCAUUAUGCGCAUCUCCCGCCAGCUCUCCUACCGCCGGUGUCCCAUCAGUCUCAUCCGAUUGGCGGUCUCGCCGUCUCUUGCUUCUGAAGAGUGCUCUACUCUAUCUCUCUCAUCCGCGUCUGCGCAAUGCUUGGCGACGUCAAGAAGAGGCAAUAGGGCGGCUCACUGAUGCUGCCACACCACUCUCGUUUGAACGGCCGUGUUCCUGUUCUGGCGUAAUUAUUCCGGUGAGUCCACACCAAAGAGAAGCACUGGACUCGAGUUUCGCUCUUAUUAGAGCUCAUCAGCAGUGCAUAUCCAAUGGCCGGGAUUUGAACCCCGGACAUCUGACAUGCGAGGCGAGCGCGAACUUGUUCACACUUGAGCGAUGCGAUUGGUGUGCCCGACUCAUCGAACGACGACCCAGUAACUGUCCUGGUUGUGACGAUCGAUUUGACCUGCCGUCAGGACUUCCCACACUCGCUGUUAAGCGAGCCAAAGCAGGCAGCGGAGCCAUACGUGAAACUAUUCUUCAGAACCACAUGCGCUCGUUCAUGGAAUGGUUAAAUGCAGGUAGUUGUCAGCCUUCGAUGACGUGCGACCAAUCUGCGUCAGAGUUCUCAAAUUCGCCACCGCGUCUACCUGAAAAACAUUCCCCCCUAAUAGUUUUGGACGAGCCGUCUGAGAAAUCGACGCAAGAGGAAGAAUUAGAGAAGACACAAGAACAAGCUGUCUCAUCGCACUUAUCGAAAUCGAGCACUGUCGUGGCUUCAAACUCCAUCUCCAUGUAUGACGUUGGUUUUCGUAUGCCUUACAAUCCCGGACUGUUGACGCAUCGGUUGGAUAUCGCGGCAUGUACCUACUUCGCUUCAUUCACUUGUCCGUUACGUUUGGUCUUCCAUGCCCUAGAUACGGGGGCUGAGCCAAUAAUGACGAUGUUCAAGGUGGGCGAUGAUCUACGCAAAGACAGCCUUAUUACACAGCUGACGUUUUUGAUGGACCGUAUUUGGCUAGAAUCCGGCUUGGAUCUCAGAAUGAUUCAUUUUCGCACUGUGCCUACUGGUGACAAACAGGGACUGAUUGAACUGGUAUCAGAGUGUUGCACACUGAGAGAGAUCCAACAACAAGUUGGUGGAUUGACGGGCCCCUUCAAGGAAUCAGUUAUCACAAACUGGCUACAGUCCCAAAACACCACUGAGUUGGACUAUAUACGAUCCUUGGACAACUUUCUGCGCUCUCUUGCGGGCUGUUGUGUGACAACCUACGUGUUAGGAGUUGGUGACCGGCACAACGACAAUAUCAUGGUCCGCUUCUCCGGCCAUCUUUUUCACGUGGAUUUUGCAAAAGCCUUUGGACACGCACAAACAUUUGCCGGGUUUAAACGGGAUCGCGUUCCUUUUGUCCUAACGCAUGAUAUGUUUCAUGUGCUCCAAGCGUAUUCCAAAGAGCUGAACGAUGCUUCGAGCACAAGUUCUUCAUCUUCACUUCCCACGGGUUCGCGACUACAUCGUGCCGGCCGUGAAGGUGUACAGCUCUUCAUAGACUAUUGUUGCCAGGCCUAUAACUUGAUCCGCAAGCACUCCUAUUCGCUAAUCUUCCUUUUGGAUAUGAGUCUAUCAAUGAAUAUACCGGGUGUCACCCGUGACAGCGUCCGUUAUCUGAUGAGUACGCUCCAGUUGGAGCUUUCGGAACAAGAAGCGAGCCAACAUUUUACCGGACUCAUUCGCAAAACGUUGAAUUCACGUGCCCCUGCUCUCAAUUUCUUCGUACACGGUCUGGCCCAGGCGAAGCAAUCGUCGAAUUCGGCUAGUUCGUCCGGAGCAAGCGGAGCUUCUAUUGCUGGCACAAACUCCGCACCGGAGAUGAUAAGUCUUGUACGAACUUCUCGGCCUACUAACAAAUCAGCUCAACGACAAGGUAGUCUGUCGCCUGGACAGAUAUUCUCCUUUGUGCCCAAGCGAUUCACCCUAUCGGAACGUGGGGAAAUCGAUGCUGUGGUCGUAGAAGCUGCAGUCAAACUACGAGCGAGUGAUAAACACUCGGACCAUUACUUUCCAAUGUCUGUCUGGCGAAAAGACUGCCGAAUACCAACGCGGGUAUAUCGUCGUAUCCCCGACCUGAUCGAACUGUGCAGCGUCGUUCAUGAUGCGUUUUCGGACUUCGCUGAUCUUACGAACAUUCCACUUCUGGUAGGGUCUCUGACUGCGAACCACGUGACAUCAAUUCGCACACAAAACACUGUCCAGGAGCUAGUCGACUAUCUUCUCGAAGCAGACUUGAAAAUCAGGAAGAGCGAACCACUGUGUAUCUUCUUCCACAGCCUCCUAUUUGACGAGAAAUUUGCAGCCAAAGAGGCCCAACACAUGAGUAACGAAUCACAGUUCACAUUUUGGGGUAGCCCGUCUUCUUCAAGUGAAACCCCGCCCACCGCCGUAGUUCACACAGACUCCUACGACGCGUGUUCCAUUCUCAGACCAUCUGACCAAACCGCUGCCAUACAGCUGCAGUUUCAAUUAAGCGAGAAUGCACAGCGGUUAGAUAUACUUAUCAAACACGGACGUGCCUUGCUGAUUCCCGGUACAAACGAACUUCCUGAUGUUUAUGUGAAAAUCUACUUGCUUUCGGGUCGUCGAAAGAAAUCCACCAAACGGAAAACCACUGUUAUCAGACGAUCAAGUUCGCCGACCUUCAAUACUGCGUUUUCGUAUGAUCUCAGUACCUACGAUUUACACACAGGCUUCCUCGAAGUCUCAGCUUGGCACGCAGUCAACCUUGGGGAAAAUUUUUCCUUGGGUCAAGCUUAUAUUCAACUACGGUCACUACGUCCCGGCUGCUGUAUCACGAAAUGGUACCCGCUUUUGCAAGAUCUAACAGUCGCUUAAGUGCCCAGUGAUCGUGAACGUGAAGACAGAUUUAUUUCACGAUACCCACUCCGUUGACCUUGGCUGUUUGAGAUCGUUAUUUUUUCACUUUUCAUCAGGCUUGCCUUGCCUUACACGAAGGCUGUUUUGUUUGUUUUGUACUUUUAAUGGUAUAUUUUAUAGUACUUAUUUUCCCAGCCUUUUCCCGUCAACCAUUGCUUCCCCACAUCCUUCUCCUGCUUGCACUCAGCUGCCUCGUCCUUCGUCCCAUCCGAAAGCAGACCAUGUGCCCCACUAUUUUCCAUCAAUCUCAUCAUCAUAUUGCACGUCCCCUCCCUGCCUCACCUCCACUUGUCUGCCAGGGAAUGUUAGAGUUGUGCCUGUCGGAUCUUCUCUUAUCAGUUCCCUGUUCCAUCUGUGAUUGGUUUUAUCCCAAUGAAAUAACCUGCCG